GAGGCGCGUGAGGAGAGGUUAAAGUUGACGCUUCCGGCCGGUGUCUCUCUUCAGCUCUCCGCUCCCCGCAGACAGUCCUUCACUCCGCACAGCCAUGUCCAACGUCGCCGAUACCAAACUAUACGACAUUCUCGGGGUCUCCCCCUCGGCCUCCGAAAACGAGCUGAAAAAGGCUUAUCGGAAAUUAGCAAAGGAAUAUCACCCCGACAAAAACCCAAAUGCUGGAGAUAAAUUCAAAGAGAUUAGCUUUGCUUAUGAAGUACUAACUAACCCAGAGAAGAAGGACUUGUACGACCGUUAUGGGGAACAGGGUUUGCGAGAAGGUGGCUGUGGAGGAGGCGGGAUGGAUGACAUCUUUUCCCAUAUCUUUGGCGGAGGUCUCUUUGGCUUCAUGGGUGGACAGGGUCGGAGCAGGAACGGAGGGCGGCGGAGAGGGGAAGAUAUGGUCCACCCCCUGAAGGUGUCUCUUGAAGACUUGUACAAUGGAAAAACAACCAAAUUACAGCUGAGCAAGAAUGUUCUGUGUAGCACUUGUAAUGGUCAAGGCGGGAAGUCUGGUGCAGUCCAGAAGUGCACAGCCUGCAGGGGACGUGGUAUGCGCAUUAUGAUCAGACAGCUGGCUCCUGGCAUGGUCCAACAGAUGCAGUCAGUGUGCACUGAUUGUAACGGUGAAGGUGAGGUGAUCAGUGAGAAGGAUCGCUGCAAAAAGUGUGAGGGGAAGAAGGUGAUUAAAGAGGUGAAGAUUCUGGAAGUGCACGUGGAUAAAGGUAUGAAGCACGGACAGAAGAUCACCUUCGGCGGGGAGGCUGACCAAGCACCUGGAUUAGAACCUGGAGACAUUGUCCUGGUUCUGCAGGAAAAAGAGCAUGAGACGUUCAGAAGAGAAGGCAAUGACUUGCACAUGACCCAUAAGAUCGGCCUUGUUGAAGCACUUUGUGGUUUCCAUUUCACAUUGAAACACUUAGAUGGUAGACAGAUUGUGGUGAAAUACCCAGCUGGUAAAGUCAUUGAGCCAGGUUCAGUCAGAGUUGUUAGAGGAGAGGGCAUGCCACACUACCGUAACCCCUUCGAGAAGGGUGACCUGUUCAUCAAGUUUGACGUGCAGUUCCCAGACAACAAUUGGUUAAGCCCAGAGAAGCUGUCGGAGUUGGAGGACUUGUUGCCCACACGAGCUGAUCCACCAGUCAUCUCUGGAGACGCAGAGGAAGUGGACCUGCAGGAGUUUGUAAGCCAGAGCUCCUCUGGUAGUCACCGCCGUGAGGCAUACAACGACAGCUCAGAUGAAGAAGGAGGGCAUCACGGUCCUGGCGUGCAGUGUGCCCAUCAGUAACCCCGACUACAGCAAAUAUCUUGUCCGGCUCCAACAGCGGGGAUUUAACAAAAUGAUCUAGUUGCACAACAAACAGGUGUGUUUAUAAUCUGAUUCGGGGCUGCCUUAAAUGAUGAGAAUUACAUACAGCCAUUCCUGUCCACCCGAUUCCCUUGUAGUAAACGCACAGAUGAUCCCGCAUCUAGUAACUCUUUCUUGCCCCUCAUCCUCUCCCUGCGGCCCUUUAGAGGCAACCCCACUUCAAAGAGAAAAGGGUAAUUGCUACGUACUUUGUGUAACCUGCAUUUUUUUCUUGUCAUAGUAUUCACACAUUUAAAUCUAACCAUAAAACAUUUUUGGCCCUGGACGUGAGACUUUUUUGUUGUUGUUGUUGGAGAGCAAUGACCUAACUGAAGAGGAGUUGAGAGAUCCUAAAACAACAAAAACAAAAUAGAAAUGGGACAUUAUCACCAAUCCAUUUUUAAGUUUGUUUGUAUCGGUGCGCAAUUUUUACCACUAUUUUAUUUGUAAACUUUUUUUUUUUCCCCCCUUUCUUUUGGUAUUUUAAUUGGAACAAGAGACUAUAUAACAUGUAUAAAAUAAAUGAUCGUCAUUUAAGCUUUGUAUCAGUUGCUGUCACAUUUGAGUGUUUUGUUUUGUUUUGAAAUAGUUGGAAUAAAAUCAAUUGCCUAUAGCUGUCAGCAAUCCAGGUGCAUGUUGAACAUUUUGGUCCCUUCACUGAUUGAAAGAGAGAGAUGUGCAUAAUGAAAUGAGUGGAGGAAAAAGCACCUUUAUUAUAGGCUUAUAUCUUCUGUGAAAAAGUUUGUUGUUGAAUAAAAUGUCCUUCAAUAUCUCCUCAACAUAA